CUUCAAUUACCUGUUGGUAACUUGAAUUUCAGUUUAAAAACUCGAAUAAAAUGUUAAUUAAUGAAAAAAAUUUGCGUAAUCCAAAUUUUUUUAAGCUCUUACCCUAGCCUGUGGAAAUUCUAUCUGUAGUCAACGAAAAGCCCCCCAAGUCCUGUAUAGAGUAUGUUUACUUCUGAGAUUCUUCCCACCUGUUUCCUCCACAAACCUCAGCCACGUUUUCUCACAAAUCCUGUUUAUCACUCUCUCUCCUCAUCUUGGCUUGACUUAUUUUGUUUUCUUUAAUUCUUUCUUUUGUGUUCAGUUGAAUCAAGUUCGAUGACAUCUACUACUGGCAGUGAUCGUCUGUCAAGAUAUGAAAUUACACAUGCUUUUGAUGGAAUCGCGCCGCCAUCUGCAUCUACAUCUGAAAGUCUGCCGUGUGGUGUUUUCAUUAAUCAUCGUGGACGAGAUGUGAAACACACGCUAGCCAAAGCUAUUUGGCAAUCUCUCAAUGACAUGGGAGUAAGGGUUUUUCUUGAUUCGGCAGAGCUUCAAUUGGGGGACUUCCUGCCUAGAACAUUAGAAGAUGCUAUGCGUAGUGCUUCUCUCCAUGUAGCAAUUUUUUCUCCCAACUAUGCACAAUCGCCCUGGUGCUUGGCCGAGCUAUCCUUUAUGCUCAAAACUGGCAAAACUCUUAUUCCUGUUUUCUACCACGUCCAACCAUCGGAUCUUCGCUGGGUGGUUUCAGGAAAAGGAAUGUAUUCAGACGCCUUUUCUGAGCAUGAAAAGAAGGGUAGGUACGGCAAAGACAAGCUUGAGGAGUGGAAGAUGGCACUACACAACGUCUCGUUUUAUAAUGGCCCAAUCAUGAAUAAUGAUGAUGAUGAAGGGAGGCUCUUAAAGAAUAUUGUCAAUGGUGUAUUAAAAGCAAUAAAAAAGGUUCCAUUGGAUGUUGCAAAACACCCUGUUGGUCUCACUGAAACUGUCCAAGACUUCGAAAUCACUGCACUUGAAUCUGCCCAAAAUCAAAACAAUGUGCAAAUUGUAGGAAUUUGGGGGAUGGGUGGUGCGGCAAAAACCACGCUUGCAAAAGAAAUUUAUAAUCGGAAAUGCUCAUGUAUGCAGAGGGCCAGUUUUCUUUUUGAUGUACGAGAUGCUUCAGCCAAAAAUGAGAUGACUAAAAAGCAGAAAACUUUGUUGAAGGACCUUGGUAUCAAUCAUGUACCAGAUUUUGACAGUAUAGAAAAAGGUAAAGGGAUUCUUGCAAGUUGUUUAAGCUCUAUGUGUGUGCUCAUCAUUUUGGAUGAUGUGGAUCACAUAGAUCAGUUGGAGGCUCUAUUGCCCACAAAAGAUAAUCUCGGAUGGGGGAGUUUGAUCAUUGUUACAACUCGAGAAAGGGAACUACUCAGAUGUUGGGGUGUCUCCUCUAUUUAUGAAAUGAGAACCCUCAAUCAUUAUCAUGCCAAGCAGCUUUUUUGUUGGCAUGCAUUCUUACAACCCUCUCCAACAUAUGGAUUUGAGGAACUUGUUGCAAAGUUCUUAAGUGCCUGCGACGGACUACCUUUGUCUUUAAAGGUAAUUGGAGGCCUUCUUUAUGGUGAGUCUCGAAAGGAUUAUUGGCAUGAUCUAUUACAUAAAAUUUCUAAAAUUUUGCCCAGUGAUAUCAAAAACAGGUUGAGAGUGAGCUAUGAUGCUUUAGAUGAGGAAGAAAAACAAAUCUUCUUGGAUACAGCAUGUUUUUUCAUUGGAGAAGACAAGAAGACAGCCAUUGCAGUAUGGGAUGGGUUCGGGUGGAAUGGUCGGCACAGCUGGGAAAGGCUUAUGAGUAAGUGUCUUGUUGAUGUCAACGAGAACAAUCACAUAAAAAUGCAUGAUCAUUUGAGAGAUCUAGGAAGGGAAAUUGCAAUUACUCAGCCACCAUAUCGCCUUUGGUCUUCAGGGCAGAUUACGGACAUUCAGAAACAAAAGGAGGAAAGAAUCCAGAUUCGCGGAAUGAUAUUGGAUGCCCCAUAUGAUGAUGCUCACGAGUACCUUCAUUUUCUUGAAACUACAAGGAUAGGGUUUCCAGGAUUUUGUUGGUGCUUCAGAAGACAACCUUUUCCGCUUGGGUUGAAAGUUUUUGUGGUCAGAGGAAAUUCUCUGAACAAACAGACUGCCAAAUUAUCGAAAGAGUUGGUGUGGCUUCGCUGGUCUGAAAUUGCUCAUAAAAGUCUUCCAUCAUGGCUACCAUUGAAAAAAUUGAGUGUUUUAGAGCUCAUUAAUUCAAAGCACUUGCAGGAAUUGUGGAAGCAUGGUGUGGAUGCUCCGGUUCAGUUAAAAGAGUUGACUAUUUCAUGUGAAAGAUUCCAAAGAUUUCCAAAGUCAAUAGGAUAUCUCAAGCAUUUGAAAAAAGUUUCGGUCAUUGCUGGGAAGAUGAGGAAACUGCCAGAGGAAUUUUGCUUGCUACUAUCGCUGGAGCACUUGGAGUUGAUUUAUUGCCGAAUGCUAUCAUCUCUACCUUGCCGUUUUGGUAGUUUGACACGCCUGCGACAUGUGGAUUUGCACGGUUCCUACAAAUUAAAUGUAUUGCCAGCUUCUUUUAAGCAAUUGGCUCUCCUGCAACAUCUCAAUUUAGCCUGGUGUAGCAAGCUUACCUUAAAUUCAGAUGUGUUAGAAAACACGACAAAGCUGGAGUAUUUGGACCUUUCUUUCUGCCGGAAAGUGGAAGAGUUGCCUUCUCACAUCACAAAUCAGGCCUCCUUGAAAGAGCUCCAUAUAAGAGAUACUGGGUUAACCUGCUUACCCAAAUCAUUUAUGCAUCUCAUUAAUUUACAAUUUUUGAUAAUAGCCGAUUCUCCAAUCAGUGAAUUCGAUUUUGGGCGGGGGCCAUUUACUUCUUCUUUAUCCAACCUCAAGAAAAUACAUCUAAGCAACACAAGAGUGUCCAAAAUUUCAAUUUCUGAAGACUGUUGUCCUUGUCUUUUAACUCUCCAACUUUUUGAUAAUCAGCACUUAAGAGAGAUCGAAACCCUGCCAAUCACAGUCAGAGACAUAGAAUUAGUUGAUUGUAAAAUGCUGAAAACCGUAAUGGGUAUUGGUGGAGUAGUAAACCUUCAAACAUUGAAGAUAAGUUUCAGUCCAGAAUUAGAUUUGCUUCCCAGUUUUGCAGAAUUGAUUUUUCUAAAAGAGUUUGAACUAAAAGGUUGCAACAAAGUUGAAAAAAUAGAAGGUUUACAAUACUGCAGAUUGGUGGAGAAAGUGCUGAUAACUGACUGUCCAGAGUUAAAUGGCUUUCCAAGCUUUGCAGAAUUGACUUGUCUGAAAGAAUUUGAACUCAAAGGUCGCAACAAAGUUGAGAGGAUAGAAGGUUUACAACAUUGCUCAUCAUUGGAGGAGCUGCUGGUGUCUUAUUCCUGUUGGGAGUUGCCGGGCAUAGAAAGUUUGCAGCAGAUGCAAAAAUUGAAAACCCUGCAGCUUGUAGCAAAAAAGGUUUCAGCUGUUGGGCCUUGCAUUCAAACAAUACAGAAAUGGCCAGAAGAACUAAUAAUAAGUACAGAGGCAGUUCCUGAUGCGGAGUUAAUAUUAAACCAGUUAGCCUUUCCAAAUCUCUGUGUUGUUGAUUCCAUUGCUAAAAAGAAAAUCUUCUACCCCUACCCGACACUGAGGCAGGAGCAUUCCUCAAAUGCGGAUGCCAUAAUGCUAUGCUUGGUUAUUAAAUGCGUCUCUACAUUUAAGAAAUUGAUCAUACAGGGAGACAAUUUUUAUAGAAUAUCUUCAGCAGAGGUGGACGAGGGUAAAUGGAUAUUGAUAGGUGUCUUCACACAGCAUUCUAGUUGGCACACUGCAGAUAAUUACUAUGUACGGGGAUGGCCAGAAGAGGAUUGCGAAGAUAAUGAAGUGGAGAAAGGAUUUCUUGUAAUGGGAGAAGAGGCUAGGCUUGUCGAGGCUCUAUACCGCUUAUUACCAGUCAUUGCAAAUUGAUAUUUUUGAUGAUAAAUCUAUUAUCAUAGUUAAUGUGUU